AUGGUAAAGAUUGUAUACACAAUUUACGAAUUGUUGCAUUUGAGGCAUUAUGAAGUUGUAGAUUUGAAGCAAGAGUUAGCAAAUAUCCUUCUUGACACAAGCAACAACAAAUUUGGAAAAGGACAUCAAAAUAUUAAAAAGCGUUUGACGAAGUUUAAAAAUAAUUCUGGAAAUUGUACAUAUUCUAACGGAUAUACUCCUUACUUCAUGAAAGAGAAUAGGUUUGCCCAAGAAUAUUCGUAUGAUAGGCGAAUUUCUGGAAUAAAGAUACCGUCACAAACUUUGAAAGACAAUGAAUCGGCAUUAUCGGCAACGAUUAAUAAUAAUAACUAUUACGAUGCACGUAUCCAAUAUCCUCUAUUUAACUUACUGAUGUUUCCACCAGGAUCAAGAAUAAUUCGUAUUGAACCAGGCAACCCGUUACCAAAAGGUGCAAUACCUAUCCCAUUCCGAUUCGAAGACGAAUUUGCUAAAGCUUCUGACUCCAUUAAGCAGGUUAACCAAACAAAUUAUUGCAUAAAUGAAUCGCAAAAUCACACUACCGAUAAGGUCAAAAAUAAAAAGUAUAAAAAUAAUUCUAUUAAACCAAACUCAAAUAGGCCGAUGGAUUUUCAAACCCCCAAAAAUAGAAAGUACACACCUGCUUUGAACCCAUAUUCUGUUACUGGAUUUUUUCCCGAACGUGAAGUUGUAGGUGAUAUCAUUAUGUCAGAAAAUGCUAGUGCAUUCAUACACCACCAGAAACCUUUCAGUCAUAAUCUACCAAAUACAAGUCAAACAAGCAUUAAUGAUAACGAUAGUUCAACAACUGUCGGUUCUUCAUCCUGCGACAGUUAUAAUAUACAGAUUCAAAUUUCUGCUACUCAUUAG